AUGAGGAAUGUAGCAUUGUACGUCGUCGCGCUACUGCUCCCAACUCUCAUUCUUUUUCAUCUCGUCAUUGCACCGUACACCAAAGUUGAGGAGUCGUUCCACAUCCAGGCUACGCACGACAUUCUGCUUCAUGGUUUACCGGCCUGGAAGCCCAAAUUCGAUUUGAAAUAUGAUCACUUCGCUUUUCCAGGGGCUGUUCCCCGAUCUGCCGUCGGCGCAUUAUUGCUCGCAAAGCUAUCAAAGCCCCUCGGAGUGCUGAGCGGAGCUAUCAAUCGACAGGUCUUGGCUCGGUCUAUUCUUGGUCUGUACAAUGCGGCUUCUUUGGCUUAUUUCGCUCAUGGCCUCCAGCGUGGCUUCGGUAAGACAGUGGCCAUGUGGUAUCUGCUCUUCCAAUGCAGCCAGUUCCAUGUCAUCUACUACGCAUCUCGGCCCUUGUCGAACAUGUUUGCAUUCGGCAUGACAACUGUCUCUCUACGACUGCUUCUUCCGGACUACACAAUUCUGCGAGAAGAUGCGCGCCGUCGGGCUCGCUUGUCCUUGAUACUUCUCACUAUCGCAGGGAUAGUUUUCCGCUCCGAACUGGCACUGCUCGUGGCCACGCAGACCAUCUUCCUGCUUGCAAUGGGGCGAGUUCGCUUGUUCCAAGAAACCGUCUUUGCCGGACUGUUUAGUCUCUUCCUAGGUCUGCAGAUCACCGUGGGAAUAGAUUCUGUUUUCUGGAAUCGCUUCCCUCUCUGGCCGGAACUGGAUGCAUUCUUGUUCAACGUGGUUUCAGGCCAGUCUUCAGAAUGGGGGACUUCACCGUGGUGGUUUUACUUCUUUAAUGCGCUGCCACGACUUCUACUGAAUCCACUUACCUACCUUCUCGCGAUCCCUGUUGCUCUCCGUCAGCCAGCAACCCGUCAGCCGGCCAUCUCGUUGCUUACACCAGCAGUGGCAUUUAUUGCGUUGUACAGCAUUCAGCCACACAAGGAAUGGCGCUUUAUCAUCUACACCAUUCCAGCCUUCACCGCGGUUGCUGCUCUCGGCGCGUCGUACCUAUGGAACCGCCGUUCACGCUCUGUCUUGGCUAGCAUCGCAUCUCGCCUUCUGGUACUAUCUACCUUGGCCGCAUUCCUGCUUUCGAAUCUUGUCCUUCUCCCUGCAUCCGCAGCGAACUACCCAGGCGCCCACGCACUAAAUGCUCUCCAUCGUCACCAUGCUCAAACGGUUUCUGACGAGCUUGAUGGCGCGUCAGUCUACCUGGGUAACCUUGCUUGUCAAACGGGCGUCACUCGCUUUCUACAGCAAUCCCCUGGCCUGGGGUGGCAUUACGACAAGACUGAGGACAAAUCUCUUAAAUUAUCACACGCCUUUUGGAACCAGUUUGAUUAUGUUAUUGUGGAGGCUUCAUCGAAUGCGGACUAUAGGGAUAAUGAUGAGACUCGACUACGGAAAAUUCUCCAGGGAGCCGAGUGGGAAACUGUUGAGGUCAUUGACGGAUUUGCAGGCAUUUCCAUCUUGAGACCUGGUUCGCCUGCAAAUGGAGCCGCUGAGCGGCGUCUGUUGUCCAUUGUGGGUGGUGAAAAUGCAGCAGAUUUGUAUGACCGUGUCCGCGACUCGGUUCGAAAGAUCCUCUUGCGCGGUUGGUGGGCUGAACUAAAGAUGCGACCCAAGUUGAAGGUAUUGAAGCGAGCCCGAGACGGAUGA